AUGUCCUCAAAUUACGCAGUUCUUCCACAUCUGAUCACACUGCUUAUAGCCAAAUCAUCUUUGGGUUCACGUCUAUCGGUACUCCUCCUGCGCCUUCUCGCCUCACGUCCACAUUUUUGCAGAGUCGUUUGUAUCGAGAAUUUACAUUUUGGCAGUGGUUUUAUUCCGCAAUUGACAAAGUCCUUCGCCGAUGCGACGGUGGCCGCUUCGGGGACGAACGUGGACCUGACGACCCCAUCCACAACAAUAACCGGCACAGGAGUCGGCGCUGCAGGUGUCCAAUCAGCCUCCACCACAGCAGCCGCGUCCGGUCUCCUUCCGCAGAGCAGUUUCAUCAUCUCUACUGCCGGAGGUCUGACGGAUGGCAGUGGAAAUAGCCAGAAUUACAUCCUCAUUUCUCCUAUUGCUGCUGCUGCCGCCGCCGCCGCCACUUCUUCACCUAACACAUCCCAAUUGGUAUUGCCCAACAGCGCUAGUAGUGUUGCUGCUGUUGCGCGAAAUCUUAUGGCUGAUCCUUCGGCGGUUGCUAAGGCUACUGCUCUGGAUGUGAAACCCGAGAUGGGUGGUGAUCUUCACCUGGACUUGGUUUCCUCUUCAACCACCAGCAAUGCAGGGAUGCACGACACCUCUUCCCUCCUAGACAGCGAUACCAACAGACCCACUCGUCCCUCUUCGUCAGACUCCUCUUUACACGGCGGUGCUUCGUCUCUAGGCCGUCGACGUCUCACGGCCCUCUCUUCACGUCCCCUCAAUACAGGUGACGCAACGAGUACCCAAAUGAACCGAUUGGAACAGAAACGCGCGCGAAAUCGUGAUGCCGCGAGACGCUGUCGUGAGCGAAAGAUUCGACUUAUAGAAACUCUCGAAAAAAAAGUUACCCAAUUGUCUGAGACAAAUCGUCAACUGAAAAUGGAACUUGAGCAAACCCAGAAUGAGGUGGAUUGCCUACGGCAUUUUGUGGAGCAACACUUUAAACCUAUGGGCGCCGGUGGCUGUAGUAUGCCAUUGAAGGGAUAA